GAGGCGUCACGCACUCCAUGGUAACGACGCUCGGCCGGAAGAUGGCGGCCGAGUGGGGCGGAGGAGCCGGUUACUCGGGUUCAGGCCCCGGCCGGAGCCGGUGGCGCUGGAGCGGUUCUUUGUGGGUCCGAAGCGUUUUCCUCCUGUUGGGCGGGCUGCGGGCAAGCGCCACAUCUACUCCCGUCUCCUUGGGCAGUUCCCCUCCCUGCCGGCACCACGUCCCCUCUGACACUGAGGUCAUAAAUAAAGUUCAUCUUAAGGCAAAUCAUGUAGUAAAGAGAGACGUUGAUGAGCAUUUAAGAAUCAAGACUGUUUAUGAUAAAAGUGUCGAAGAGUUGCUCCCUGAGAAAAAAAAUCUUGUAAAGAACAAGCUUUUCCCACAAGCUAUUUCUUAUUUAGAGAAGACUUUUCAGGUCCGUAGACCUGCUGGCACUAUCUUACUUAGCAGACAAUGUGCCACAAACCAAUACCUCCGGAAGGAAAAUGAUCCUCAUAGAUACUGCACUGGGGAAUGUGCAGUGCACACAAAAUGCGGCCCAGUUAUUGUUCCAGAGGAACAUCUCCAGCAAUGCAGAGUCUACCGUGGGGGUAAGUGGCCCCAUGGAGCAGCGGGUGCGCCAGACCAAGAAGGCAUCCCGGAUGCAGACUUUGUACUGUACGUUGGUGCUCUGGCCACUGAGAGGUGCAGCCGUGAAAACAUCAUCUCCUAUGCAGCCUACUGUCAGCAGGAAGCAAACAUGGACAGGCCAAUAGCAGGAUAUGCUAACCUGUGUCCAAAUAUGAUCUCUACUCAGCCUCAGGAGUUUAUUGGGAUGUUGUCCACAGUGAAACAUGAGAUUAUUCAUGCCCUGGGUUUCUCUGCUGGACUGUUUGCAUUCUACCAUGAUAAAGAUGGAAAUCCUCUCACUUCAAGAUUUGCAGAUGGCCUCCCACCUUUUAAUUAUAGUCUUGGAUUAUAUCAAUGGAGUGAUAAAGUAGUUCGAAAAGUGGAGAGAUUAUGGGAUGUUCGAGAUAAUAAGGUAGUUCCUCACACUGUGUAUCUCCUGGUAACGCCUCGUGUUGUUGAGGAAGCACGAAAACAUUUUAAUUGUCCAGUUCUGGAGGGAAUGGAGCUUGAAAAUCAGGGUGGUAUGGGCACUGAGCUCAACCAUUGGGAAAAAAGGUUAUUAGAGGUCAGUUCGUUUUUAAAUUUUACUAGACUUUAUUUAAUGAAAGUAAUUCAUAAUUAUGGUAAGAGUUAUUCUAACAGGUUAUAAACUGAAAAUGUUUUACGUCACUUUACCCCUUUGGCUCUCCAGAUCCACUUUCCACUUCUCCCUCCCUGUCUCACUCUCUAAGUUUUUUGUAUAUACUUUCAUACAUGUUACAUAUGUACGUAUGUGCAACACACAGAAUUAUUUUUUAAUGAGUUCACAUAUUUAUGCAACUUUUUUCACUUUUUCCAAGGCACUAUAGGUGCUUGGCUACUCUAUUAUUUCUUUACCUUCAACAUCAGCAGUAACAACCCAUGGGAGCUGGAUGAGGGAUUGUAAAUCUGAGUAAUGGGGACAAGGGUAAAACGAGACUUGUGAGAACCAUGUAGUAAACACUUCCAAGCAGAGUCGCUGGCUACACCGAGCAAAGAGAGAGCAGGUGGAGUAAAUACACAUUAUACACAGUACAGCUUUUUUGUAUUGCUGUGGUUGGUAUCUUAGUAUACUUUGUGUUUAGGCUUAAUCACAAAAUAGUAACAUGCAGGGAAAAAUCAAUGAGCCAGCGUGGUUCCAUGUUAUACUGAUGCCAUUCCCUUAUUUACUAAUUUCACAUGAGCGCUUUCACAGUGCAGAAACACAUGCUUUCACAGAAUAAGCUGUAUACUUGGAUCUACUCAUUUUUUCUAUAUGAAUGUAGCAUAACUUUUCUGUGUUAAUGAAAACUAUGUUUUAAAUUUUGUAUUUUAGAAAAUGUAAAGAGCAACUUACUUAUAUCUGUGAUACGUUGCCUUCCCAGGGUGGGGUUUCAGUUGGUGUUCUUAGAUUCAACUAAGCAGUCAAACUCACUGGACCGAAUCAGGCCAUAUUGAGAAAAGAUUCCCUCAGAGGAGGAUAUUAAAAGGAACACACAACAUGGCGGCACUGUAAAGCCAGGCAUUUCUCUUGUGCUCUGCAUAGCAGUGGAGGGGCUGUCAUCUGUGCCUGUCUCCCUUCCCUAUGCAGCUUAAGUACAAGAGCCCAAGACCACAGUAGACAGAUGGGAGAACCAGCCUGGCUUAGAAAUAUCAUGUCCCAAAUAGGAACCAGUAUCUUUUUUAACAGUUCCAUAGGUCUAAAUUCCAGAUCCAAUAAGGGACAUACCCACAGGAGUCACUGCUCACAGGGAAGUCCAAAUCUAAACUGUGGCUUACCAACAGGUGUUCAUGUUCAUUUACAGUCAUCCCAAGUUGAGAGGCAUAUCAGGAGGUCUUUUUUUCUUGGGUAGUGUUACCUGGUAACACAGUCAACAGUCUCCUUCAUUGGGUUUCCAGGGGAACAGAACUAGAGAGUUAACACAAGGUCAGCUUUAUUUAUAUAGAAAGGAUGCAUCCCUGGAAGUGGAAUUUCUGGGUCAAAGGAUAGAUAAUUUUUUUUUAAAUGUUUAGAGAUCUGCUUAAACAGAUAGUUGCAGCUUAUAUACAUCAUGCCUGAAGUUAAUGACAUUGUGGUUCCUGUUAUUGUCUAGGUGACCACAAAGUAAUCAUGAUGGAAACUUAUGGAAGACACAUACAUUUAUUCCUCCCGUGGAAAUUUUAGGUUUUUUUCUUUUCCUUAAGAAAUUUUCUCAGGUGACUCCCUUUACAACGCUGUA